UGACCCCCUCUCUGGCUCCUUCUAGGGGAGCUGGAGCUGCUCGCUGGAGAAGUGCCCGCCCGCAGUCCUGGGGCGUUCGACAUGAGUGGGGUCGGGGGCUCUCUGGCUGAGGCUGUGGGGAGCCCCCCACCUACAGUUGCUCCAACGCCACCACCGCCCACACGGAAGACACCAGAGUCAUUCCUGGGGCCUAAUGCAGCCCUCGUCGACCUGGACUCGCUGGUGAGCCGGCCGGGCCCCACACCGCCAGGAGCCAAGGCCUCCAACCCCUUCCUGCCAAGCGGAGCCCCAACCACCGGCCCCUCCGUCACCAACCCCUUCCAGCCCGCACCCCCUGCGACGCUCACCCUGAACCAGCUCCGGCUCAGCCCUGUGCCCCCGGUCCCUGGAGCACCGCCGACAUACAUCUCUCCUCUGGGUGGGGGCCCUGGCCUGCCCCCCAUGAUGCCCCCAGGCCCCCCGGCCCCCAACACUAACCCUUUCCUCCUAUAAUCCAGGAGGGAGGGGGAUUUGGCCUGGCCUGGCUUCCCCCAUUUCUGCUCUUUGGGAGACCAGUGUUGUGAGUGCAUGUGAAGUGGGGGACCCCCGCCCCCACCCCAGCACCCUCCCCCUCC